GCCAUCCAGGGCUUUGGCUAGGUCAUGGCUAUGUGCCAACAGAAUGGGGGGAUGCCUUUCCUCCCUGGUAUGUUCCCGUUCGCUCUUCCAGGCACGGGAACCAUGCCCCUACAAGCUCCAAUGGCGGUGUCUCCCUUUCAAACACCAGUGCCGCAACCAUCACCUUUCCAGCCGCAGCUAGUCAGCGCUGUGGCCCCCAUCAACUUGACUGGUGCGCUUAACGCCACAGGGCCAUCGCGUCCGCCGCAAGGUACGAAUCCGCUAAUCACUCCGGAUGGUUACUGCGUCUCGGUUGAAAGCGGAGACGACGAGUGGGACAUUCCAAGGACCCACAAGAAAAAGAAGGGAAAAACCGUCCGACCCGCCACCUCCCGAAACUCCGCCUUCGAAAGGCUGGGGGAUAGGGAGGAGGGCCAGAGAAAAUCAGCCAAGCUGAGGCUAGGGCAGAGCGUGGCCCAUGUCAGCGCGUUCGCCCGGCUAGGUGAGAUGAGGGAGGCCGAGCCUGCACGCACCCAACGCUCCCGGUCAAACAGGCAGGAGCCAGCCAGGACGAGGGCCUCUCGCCAGGAAGAAGAAGCAGAAAGCCAGCCUAGGGUGCCGGUGGCUAAUCGGUUAACCACCCCCAAUGAUCGCGUCCAACAGAUGGAGGCAAAGUUGGAGAAGCUGGAGAAGAAGGUUGGGGAGAAGAAUGACCGGGACAAACCCCUCGCGGGGUCCCCGUUCACUACAAGGGUCCAUCUGACACCUUUCCCGCGAAAGGUUAAGAUAGACGCCCCAAAGUUCACCGGUAAGGAGGACCCAGAAAUCCACCUGGACUCCUUCAAUCAGAGUGCAACCAUGAACGGUUGCACAGAUGAAGAAAAGUGCCUCCUUUUCUUCCAGACCUUGCGGAAUCGAGCCACCGAGUGGUUCAACAAGCUUCGCCCGGGAAGCAUUGACUCAUUCAGCGACUUGGCCUCGAAGUUCAAGGCCAAGUUC